AGUCGCCUCCUAGAUCGUAAACUUAAUCCAAAUUAUAUAUAUAUAUAUUCCAUAGGUAUUUUGCCAGUUCAAACGAUUCAAUCCUUCCAAUCCAAUUUAUCAGCAAAGCAAAAUUCAAUCCACUUCCAAGCUAUAUCACGGUCUCGAGUUGCUUUAGCUUUAGACUUCUCAGACCCUCCAGACUCGAACCAACUUUAGGACAUGGGAUUGCCCGAAAUCGUCGAUGUUGCCCGCAAUUAUGCCGUCAUGGUCAGAAUUCAAGGCCCUGACCCAAAAGGUCUGAAGAUGCGAAAACAUGCUUUUCAUCAUUACAACUCUGGCAAAACGACACUUUCAUCAUCUGGCAUGUUAUUGCCCGGUUCUUUUCGUUUUACUCCAAAGUCUCUCCAAAUUGGAGGCGAUGUUGAUGGGAGGUCGUUGCCCGGUUUGGCAUUGGUGGUGACUGUUGCAUCUAUUAUUGAGCCAUUUCUAUCACCACAACAUAGGGAGAACAUUUCUCAGGCCAAACCCGAGUUGAUCCCUGGUGUUCAGAUUGAUAUAAUGGUAGAGGGGAGGACAGAGGUGGAAGAUGAAGCUAAAGUGUCAGAAAAGCAAGCUCCUUGUUGGUUAUCUGCACAACUUUUAACAUUGGUUGAUGUUCCUGCAUCGUCUAUUGCUCUGCAAUCACUAAUUGAAUCUUCUUCUAGCUCAUUGGAGCAUGGCUGGGAGGCUGGUUGGUCCUUAGCCUCAUACAGUGAUGGUCCUCAAUCUUUUGUGGAUGCUAUUCGAACACAGGUUGAGCAAUCUUCAGUGCAUAAUAAGAGGCACAUGUUAGGAGGAGAAUCAAACAUUCCAAAUCUUGUGAACUUGUCUACUACUAGAAUCGCCCUUCUUGGAGUUUCCUCAAUAAUUGUCAAGGAUCGGCCAAAAUUAAAUAUAUCUCCCUCAAACAAGAGGGGACAUCUUCUUCUGGCAAUGGGUUCUCCUUUUGGUGUCUUGUCUCCUCUACACUUUUUUAACAGUAUAUCAGUGGGAUCUGUUGCCAACUGCUAUCCAUCUAGUUCUACCACUACGUCAUUGUUGAUGGCUGAUAUUCGGUGCCUUCCUGGGAUGGAAGGUGGUCCAGUUUUUGGGGAACAAUCUCAACUUAUUGGUGUUCUGACAAAGCCGUUAAGGCAGAAGAGCAGUGGUGCUGAAAUUCAGGCAAGUUGGGUUAUAUUAGAACUGGGAAAAAAGAAAAAAAGAGAGUAUAAUGGACAUAAAAAGAAGCUCAAAAAUUUUACUCGAAGAGGCAAGGAACCUUUCAUAGCCUGGAAGGAUAGGCGAACUAACCAUUUAGAAAUGCCUUCACCAACCUCAAGGCUAGGGAACACAUCUCUAUCUAACAGCCUUGGCUUUUAUGGAUUCACCAAUCAGUUUCAUGGGCAUUGUGAUUCCAGUUUCCCUCUACAGUCACCUGUUGAGAAGGCAUUGGCUUCAAUUUGUCUUGUAACUGUUGACAACGGAGUAUGGGCAUCCGGUGUUUUGCUCAACAACCAAGGUCUGAUUCUUACAAAUGCUCACUUGCUGGAGCCAUGGAGGUUUGGGAAAUUACCUCUAAGUGGUGUAAGAUAUGAAACCAAAUCAGAGAUAUUUUCCCUCCCAUCCGAUCAAUUUGCUCGUCCAGAGCAUGAGGGAGUUGGUGCCCACCAGAGGAGUCAGGGUUUGAUGACUGGAAGACUGAAGACUGCAGAUUCUUCGGUAAAUGAUGACCGUGUCCAAUAUAAAUUUAGUGUGACCAACAAAAGCCAUAGGAGCAUACGUGUUCGCUUGGAUCAUAUGGACCCCUGGAUAUGGUGCAAUGCUAGGGUAUUGUAUGUUUCUAAAGGUCCUUUGGACAUUGCUCUAUUGCAGCUUGACUUUGUUCCAGAUAAGCUUUGCCCCAUUGUUAUGGACUUCAGAUUCCCAUCCCCAGGAUCAAAGGCAUUUGUCAUUGGACAUGGAAUAUUUGGACCAAGAUGUGACUUUUCCCCAUCUGCUUCCCUUGGUGCAGUAGCAAAAGUAGUUGAAGCCAAAAUGCCUUCACCCCAGCAAUCUAGUACACAAGAGAAUGUAGGACAUUUUCCAGCAAUGCUUGAAACAACAGCAGCUGUCCAUCCUGGUGGUAGUGGCGGUGCCGUUAUUAAUUCAGAUGGUCAUAUGAUUGGCCUUGUUACAAGCAAUGCAAAACACGGUGGAGGGGCUGUGAUACCACAUUUGAACUUCAGCAUUCCAUGUGCAGCUCUGGAGCCUAUCUUCAAGUUCUCAACAGACAUGCAGGAUUUAUCACUCUUAGAAGAUCUGGACAAACCUAAUGAACACCUUGCUUCAGUAUGGGCAUUGGUGCCACCAUUAUUUCCGAAGCCAGGUCCUUUUUUGCCUAAUCUGCCAGAGUCACUACCAGGAGAUAACAACACUGAAGGGAAGGGUUCGCGAUUUGCAAAAUUUAUAGCCGAAAGACAUGAGAUGCUGAAAAGGACAGCUCAACUUGGCAACGUGGAAAGAAUUUCUUCCAAGUUUAUUCCCAGUAAGUUAUGACCAUCCAGCAAUUCCCUUAUGAACAAAUAAGAAGGGUAUCACCAGCAACUGGGAUUUUGUUUCAAAGCCCUUCUAUAUUGGAAUAUCUCUGAAGUGACUUUACAUAGGAAAAAAGAAUAAAUAGUCAAAAAGAUCGAGUUCUUUGAAUUGAAAGUUGUAGUUUUAUUAUGGUUGUAACAUAACUGUAAUUGUUCUAUGGAAACGCCAUUAAUUCAAUUUCUUCCAAUUCCAUUUGAA